AAUACCCCGACGAUCGCCCUUGACCUUCUCUCUCUCCACACCCCGGCCGCGAUCGCCCUGCUGCCCGCCCUUGCCAUCGAUCUCGAUCCAGCCCCACAGCCCCUCCCCCGUAACAAUGUCCGCCGAAGCCCCCCCUCUUACAAAGAAAUCCGUCUCAUGGAUCAACCUGGCCCUCGGCGCUGCCAUCCAGACCUUUGAGGUGUCGACCCUUGGUCAGCCCUUCGAGGUCGUCAAAACCCACAUGGCCGCCAACCGUGGCGACAACCUGUGGAAAUCAAUCUCCAAGACCUAUCAGCGUGGUGGCAUCGGUGGCUUCUACCAAGGCCUCAUACCUUGGGCUUGGAUCGAAGCAUCGACAAAGGGCGCCGUCCUUCUCUUUUCCAGCUCCGAGAUUGAAUACUACUCCAAACGCUUCGGUACCUCCAACGCAGUCGCCGGCGUUCUCGGAGGCAUGGGCGGUGGCGUGUGUCAGGCCUAUACCACUAUGGGUUUCUGCACAUUCAUGAAAACUGUUGAAGUUACUCGGCACAAGGAAGUCGGUGCCAAGCGGUCGUCUGUCCAAAUCGCUAUGGAGAUUUUCAAAAAGGAAGGCAUUGUCGGCCUGAACAAGGGCGUUUCUGCUGUGGCUCUGCGGCAAAUGACCAACUGGGGCAGCCGUCUUGGUAUCGCCCGUGUGACCGAGUCGAUGCUUCUGUCUAUGCGCAGCCCUGAAGACAAAAAACGGCCCCUGGCCGUUUCAGAACGCAUCCUCUCCUCGGUCAUCGGUGGCGCUCUAGCCUGCUGGAACCAGCCGAUCGAGGUCAUUCGCGUCGAGAUGCAAAGCCAAAUCAAGACGCCCGGUCGGCCUGAAAAUAUGAACAUCUGGACUUGCGCCAAAUACAUCUACAAGAACAACGGCUUCCUUGGAUUCUACCGAGGCGUCACCCCACGCAUCGGCCUCUCAGUCUAUUUGACGGUCUGCAUGGUGUUCGGUGGCGACUCUUUGAAGGCCUACGUCGCUGAGCUCUCCAAGAAGAAAUAGACUCUUAGAUCCUGCGCCGAUGAACUCUCGGUGCCCUCGAUCCACAGACCAACCUAGGUCUGGCCCGACAAAGCGGCCUGCUCGGAGCAACAACCCUCUCAGUACCGAACUGCACGCGGAUCGGCAUGGCGAGGAAGAUAGCUCUGAUCCAUGUGCGAUCAAUUUUGGUCAAGCUGCCGAUCCCAAAACCCGUAUGCACCACAUCAUCGACCUGCCAAUACACUCCAUUAUGUCUUCUCGAU